AUGGCAGGAGCAGCAGCAGUUGGAGCCUCGUAUUCGAAAAAGAUUGCGUUUGUUUAUAUUUUCAAUUUGAUUGUAGGAGUGGGCGCUUUGGCUCUUCCGUAUGCAUUUCACAAGGCUGGAAUUAUUUCGGGAGUGAUGGUGCUUGCUUUGAAUGCAUUUAUGGCUUUUAUUUGUGUUACUUUUGUGAUAGAGGUAAUGUCCUCAUCGAAUUACAUGUUGAAGAGAAAUGAAGAAGGAAAACGAUUGAUUGAUAAUUCGACGUCUGUAAAUCUUCCAUUGGAGGAGCAGCAACCAACAAAGAAGAAGAAGAAAAAAGCAGAACAAAUUUCACCUGAAUUGCAAACCUAUCUCUCGAAUCCUUUCUCUAUCCUAGAAAGAACUGAGAUUGGUAAAAUGACAGAACAGUUUUUGGGAGUUAUUGGAAAAUCAAUUUUCUAUGUUGUUAUUAUUGUGUAUUUAUUUGGAGAUUUGGCAAUUUAUGCUGUUUCAGUACCAACAUCUUUACUGAAGGUUACAGGACCUAUGUUUGGAUUGGAUCCAAAAUCAACUUAUUAUAUUUAUUUGGGAAUCUUCUCGUGUAUUGUGGUUCCUUUCAGUUUCUUCAAUUUCCAAAAGACUAAAUAUUUGCAGUACAUGACACUUGCAACAAGAAAUAUUGCAUUCUUCUUGAUGAUUUUGCUCAGUUUAAUUUUCAUUAUUGAAGGAAAUGGAUCAACUAAGAAUCUUCAAUUCUUUAAUUUUUCUAUGGAAAGUUUUUCAAAGCUCUUUUCAAUUUCAAUUUAUGCAUUUAUGUGUCACCACUCUCUUCCAUCCAUUAUUUCUCCAAUUCACGAUAAGAGAAGAUUAACAAUCAUGUUUGUGGUUGACUUUGUAAUGAUUUUCUUUGCUUAUGUUUGCAUGUGUUAUGUAGCAGUUUUUGCUUUUGGAGAACAACCUUUUGAAACAUGUUCAAACAGAAUUCAUGAUGGACCACCAUGUGAAAUUCAAGCAUUAUUUACUUUGAAUUUCACCACUUAUCGUUACACCUUAAUUGCUGCCUUCUUGGCUCUCUUCCCAGUUUUCACACUCACCAGUAACUAUCCUCUUAUUGCCAUUACCUUGAGAAAUAAUACUCAAAUUUUGUUCGAAAAAGUCAAAAUCAUUCACGAGUGGAAAUAUAACUCAUAUCUCUUCUCUGCUCUUGCCUCAAUUCCUCCAAUCAUCCUUGCUUUUGCCUAUCAAAAUAUUUCAACACUAGUCAGUUUUACUGGUGGUUUUGCUGGAUUAUUCAUUCAGUGCAUUUUCCCAACUCUCCUUGCAGUAUUUGCAAGAGUAAAAGUUAUGAAAAUGGAAGAGGAAUUAGAAAAUGAAUCAUCCUACUCAAUCAAUGCUGAAGAACCACCAGUUCAAACCAAAUCAGAGGCCCUGAAGAAACUUGGUAAGAAGAUUUUUGUUUUCCUUUUCACAACACCAAGAAGAAUCCUCAAAAAUCCUCACACCAGUCCAUUCUCUCAAGGUUAUUGGGUUAUUGGCAUUUUGUUAUUCUCUCUCUUUGCUCUCGUUGUUAACAGUUACUCUUUAAUUAAGUGUGACAUUUUACAAGAAUGUAAAUAA